UUGGCUCUUUCCAUUUGGAGGGAGCGCUAUUAUCUUUGGGCCCAUCUGUCACCAGGAUUUAAAUAAAUUCAUGAUGCUGAAUGUCAUUGUUAUGACUUCAGUGCUUAAUAUGCCACGCUGCCCCCGUACAUAUUGUUCGAUUCGGGGUGGCAUAUUUGAUAUUCCAUAAGCUCCUAAGUCAUCUGAAUAAUCUUUAAUACCAAUCUGCUGAAUUCAUAGAUGGGAUUUUGUAUUCUCUUUUGGUGAUUACAUUUGGUUCAAAGGGUUUGUGAAACACACUCCAUUCAUGACAAUAAUAAAUCUAAUUUAAGAUUGCAAAUAAUAAUAACAAUAAUAAAGAAAUGGGUAAAACAGCAUUUCUGCGCUGACUUUGAGACUCAUUUUAGUUUGAGCUUUGGCCCCAGGCCUCCACACAUCCACACACAGACACACACAUAGGCAGGGCAGGAUGACGUCUGCCAAUCCCCGGAAAAAAAAAAUACUCUGACAGAUGACCGAGUCUUUGCCUUUGCAACAUCUGCAACUUAGAGUCUGUGCAGACAUUAAGCCCCUCCAGCUUGAAGGAAGAUGGCCUGACUGUGGGAAAAAACUAUAAAGGGAAGAAAAAAACAGCAAGAACUGAAUACAUGUCUGAAUAUGUUAUGGAUAUCAGUGAAUAUUUACUCAUCUCGUCCUGUUUGGGGAAAGUUUCUAAGCUUCACUUGAACCUAUGGGAGGAGCUCUGUGAUGCUGCGCUUGGAUUGUUAGAAAGUUCACACUCGACUGGAGCGGACAGUGGGAAUAUUUUGAUGUGACCUCAUUGAUUUUUCAGUUAUUUUGCCUUUACAGUUGACCUUUUUUUACGAUGAUGCUUCUGAGCCUUUUUAAGGAGUUUACUUGAAGAUUUUUGGAAUUCAGGCAGAUGUGACCUUCAGGACGAAGAGACCCAGCGCUGAAAUCCUUCAGAUAAAGCUGCUUUUAAUCCUCGUAGUGGACUGUUUUAGACCUGAGCUCACACAUUAAGAAUCCUGUCGACAUGGAACAUUCACCAUCAAUGACCUCAUCGAGGAUCGAUGGAGAUGACGUGGAGGAGCAUCGACCCCUCCUGCCACCAAGACUGGUCGCUCCGUCUCAGGUCUACACGCCGCAGUGUGGGAUCCACCACCCGGUCCAAACGUCCAUCGAUCACACCGUGUGGCUGGACAGAACCCAGGCCCUGGCUACCACGCCUUUAUACAACGGCCACCUUUACGUCGCAGCGACGCCUCGGUCCGCCCGGAGGAGAGAGAAAGUUAAAAGCAAAGAGAAGAAAUGUGAGAAAAGGUCAGGGGAGUGCAGACAAACUCCAGGCCCCAAGGAGCGAACUCACCAGUGCAAAGCCAAAAARGCAGGUUCCAACAGACUCCAGGAGAAGGUCACGUCUUUCACUGACGUGCCCAUUUCUCCCUGCGGAUCCCCCUUUAAGGGCCCUCCUAAUAGACCCAACGUAGACGUCAGGGAUGUUGAUGGGCGYGGGUACCGCAAGUCUGGCAACAUUUCGUUGGAAAUGCACGAUCGCCAGAGUCUGCCCGAGAUCAUCAUCACCAGCAAGGACGACAGCGUCCRGCAACAAAACAAGGCCUCCCAUUARGACCCGCAUCCAGGCGAGGUCAAAGGCCCACUGCCGGGCCUCGAACGCCUCAGCAGAAGCCCCGGACACAGUCCUCAGCUCAGCCCCAAACACAAGGAGGAUCCCCAGAAGGACCCGUACUGGAGGACACACAACAUCGGGUGGCGGCUGGUCCGCAGGAGGGCCCUGUUCCUGAGGAGGCAGAGGCUGAACGACAGCGCCUUGGCUGUGGGGAUAUUCGGCGUCGUCAUGAUGGUGAUGGAGACGGAGCUGUCCUGGAGCAUCUACAGCAAGAGCUCCAUCUACUCCCUCACACUAAAGUCAGUGAUCAGCAUAUCCACAUUCAUCCUGCUCGGCCUCAUCAUGGCGUACCACUGCUGUGAAGUGCAGCUCUACUCUCACGACAUCGGCGCAGAGGACUGGCGAAUCGCCAUGACCACCGACCGUGUCGCUCUGAUUGCCUUGGAGCUGGCCGUGGCCGCCAUCCACCCAUACCCGGUGGGGCUGCAGGCCUACUUCCAGAAGACCGCGGCUCGGACGACGCUCUCGGAGACGGAGCUGGAGAUCAUGCUGGCUCUGCCCAUGUUCCUGCGGCUCUACCUGCUGGGCCGGGCCAUGAUGCUGCACAGCCGCCUCUUCACCGACACCGCCUCCCGCAGCAUCGGAGCGCUGAAUAAGAUCCACUUCAACACACGGUUUGUGGGGAAAACACUGAUGACCACCUACCCCGGGACUGUGUUGAUGAUUUUCAGCGUUUCUCUGUGGAUUGUGGCAGCGUGGGGCUUGCACGUGUGCGAAAGGCAUCACAACUACAGAGACCUGAGCAGCAACUACAUGGAGGCCCUGUGGAUGGUCUCUGUCACCUUCCUGUCCAUCGGCUAUGGAGACGUGGUCCCUCACACCUACUGCGGUCGCAGCAUCUGCCUCCUGACGGGGAUAAUGGGAGCCGGCUGCACGGUCCUGGUUGUGGCCGUGGUUGCCAGGAAGCUGGAGCUAACCAGAGCUGAGAAGCACGUCCAUAACUUCAUGAUGGACUCCCACAUCUCCAAGAGGACUGCGGCGAGUGAAGAUGGAGAAGAGAAUACUUGCGGAUCAGGGCAACACACUUGUAGACCUCUGCAAGAUGCAGAGCCUGAUGUACGACAUACUGGCGGAGGUGCAGGGCUGCAGGGGGGAGCUGGACUCGCACAUCCACAGCCUGGAGAAGCACGUGGAGGAGCUAAGGGAGGGCUUCAGGAGCCUGAUGCCYCUCCUCUCCAGCACCCUGUCCACGCAGAACUCCUCCAUCCGACACCUCCUCAGGGAGAGGGAGGUGAAGACYGAGGGGGCGAGUGUGAGCGGAGCAGACAUGUAGAGCAUCUGGGAGAUGAGCUGAAGCUUCUUGAGGAGCUCAGGAAGUGUUCUCCUGACGGGGGCAGAUCUGAGCAGAACAUGAACGUUUUAUUGAUGU